AACCAUGAACAUGGAGUGGCUAAAGAUUCUGAACUAAGUGCAAGUAAUUGAUACACGUCCAUGGAUAAGGGGAACGAAUGGCGCUAGCCAUUCCACCUGCCCCUCCUUCAGCCAACUGUGUGGCUUUACCCCAGCUGCAUAUUUGUGUGGCGCCUGAGCUCUGAGAUGACCAUCAGCAUGAGGCACCGUCUGGCCGAGUUGCGCCAGCGUCAGCGGGGCGGCAAGCAGCAAGGACCAUCCUCUCCCCAAAGGGCUUCUGGACCCAACCGGCACCAGGCCCCAUCAAUGCUGUCUCCUGGACCGGCUCUCUCAUCAGACAGUGACAAGGAGGGAGAAGAUGAGGGGACUGAAGAAGAACUUCCAGCACUGCCCGUCCUUGCCAAGAGUACCAAGAAGGCACUGGCCUCGGUCCCCAGCCCAGCCUUGCCCCGAAGCCUGUCCCACUGGGAGAUGAGUCAGGCACAGGAGUCCGUGGGGUUCCUGGACCCAGCUCCUGCAGCCAACCUGGGACCCAGAAGAAGAGGGCGCUGGGUUCAGCCAGGUGUGGAACUGAGCAUUAGAUCCAUGCUGGAUCUGCGGCAGCUGGAAACACUGGCCCCAAGCCUGCAGGACCCUAGCCAGGACUCGCUGGCCAUCAUCCCAUCUGGUCCCAGGAAGCAUGGGCAGCAGGCCCUUGAGACUUCACUCACUAGCCAGAAUGAAAAGCCCCCUCGGCCUCAGGCUUCCCAACCUUGUUCCUAUCCCCAUAUUAUCCGAUUAUUGUCACAAGAGGAAGGGGUCUUUGCCCAAGAUCUGGAACCUGCACCCAUUGAAGAUGGUAUUGUCUACCCGGAGCCGAGUGACAACCCCACCAUGGAUACCAGUGAGUUCCAAGUGCAGGCUCCAGCCCGGGGAACUCUGGGAAGAGUGUACCCAGGCAGCAGGAGCUCAGAAAAGCACAGCCCUGACAGUGCCUGCUCUGUGGAUUACAGCAGCAGCUGCCUUUCCAGCCCGGAGCACCCCACUGAAGACUCUGAGAGCACGGAGCCCCUCAGUGUGGAUGGCAUCUCCUCAGACCUUGAAGAGCCAGCUGAGGGUGAUGAAGAAGAGGAAGAAGAGGAGGGAGGCAUGGGCCCCUAUGGGCUACAGGAGGGCAGCCCCCAGACUCCAGACCAGGAGCAGUUUCUAAAACAGCACGUUGAGACUCUGGCCAGUGGAGCUGCUCCAGGGGCCCCAGUGCAGGUCCCAGAGAGGUCAGAGUCUCGGAGUAUCUCUUCACGAUUCCUGUUGCAAGUACAGACCCGCCCACUCAGGGAACCAUCCCCGUCCUCCUCAAGCCUGGCACUGAUGUCGAGACCAGCCCAGGUGCCACAGGCAUCUGGUGAGCAGCCGAGAGGCAAUGGUGCCAAUCCCCCUGGAGCACCCCCGGAGGUGGAACCGUCCUCUGGCAACCCCAGCCCCCAGCAGGCAGCCUCUGUGCUGUUGCCACGAUGCCGUCUCAACCCUGACAGCAGCUGGGCUCCCAAGAGAGUGGCCACAGCCAGCCCCUUUUCUGGACUCCAGAAGGCCCAGUCUGUGCACAGUCUGGUGCCACAGGAAAGACAUGAGGCCAGUCUGCAGGCCCCUUCACCAGGCGCACUGCUGUCUCGGGAGAUCGAAGCUCAGGAUGGUCUGGGCUCCCUGCCCCCAGCUGAUGGCCGUCCGUCUCGGCCUCACUCCUAUCAGAACCCCACCACCAGUUCCAUGGCCAAGAUAUCCCGCAGUAUCUCUGUUGGGGAGAACCUGGGCCUGGUGGCUGAACCUCAAGCUCAUGCCCCCAUCCGAGUCUCACCACUCAGCAAGCUGGCCCUGCCCAGCCGGGCUCACCUGGUCCUGGACAUCCCCAAACCACUGCCUGACCAUCCUACCCUGGCUGCAUUCUCUCCUGUCACCAAAGGCCGGGCCCCUGGCGAGGCAGAAAAGCCUGGCUACCCGGUGGGCCUAGGAAAAGCUCACAGUACAACUGAGAGAUGGGCCUGUUUGGGGGAGGGCACCACUCCCAAGCCUAGGACAGAGUGCCAGGCUCAUCCUGGGCCCAGCAGCCCCUGUGCCCAGCAACUGCCAGUCAGCAGCCUCUUCCAAGGCCCUGAAAACUUGCAGCCCCCACCCCCUGAGAAGACUCCCAACCCCAUGGAAUGCACCAAGCCAGGGGCAGCCCUGAGCCAGGACUCAGAGCCAGCAGUGAGCCUGGAGCAGUGUGAGCAGCUGGUGGCAGAGCUCCGCGGCAGCGUGUGCCAGGCAGUGCGGCUCUACCACUCGGUGGCUGGCUGCAAGAUGCCCUCAGCAGAGCAAAGUCGGAUUGCCCAGCUUCUCAGAGACACCUUCUCUUCAGUGCGACAGGAGCUGGAAGCUGUGGCUGGGGCAGUGCUGUCCAGCCCAGGCAGCAGCCCUGGGGCUGUGGGAGCCGAGCAGACACAGGCCCUGCUGGAGCAAUACUCGGAACUGUUGCUUCGAGCCAUGGAACGGCGUAUGGAAGGCAAACUCUGAGUUCUAGAAGCCUGUCCCAAGUGAAUGAAUGCCCCAGCGAUUCCAAACUGCAGCCCCUCUGCCCCUCACCAAAACCUGCGGGGCUGCUUGGAGUGGAAAGCAGGGAGCAGUGUUCAGAGGCAAAGCAGCCUUCCCAGCCGCUCCUCGUGGGGGGCCUGUAUUUAUUAAUUUAUUUCCCUGACUGUUGCCUCACUUCCUUGGAACUCCUGCCUCCACAGCCCCUCCAGUGGCAGGGACAGGUCUUGGGUCUUUGUCAUCUUGGUGCUGUGAGAGGUAGGAGGGCAGCCUGCCCCAUCUAGGAAUCUGGGAAGGGCUGGCCCUCUCUUAGAAGCCAUUUGAAAUUACUGCAGGGAUUAGCUCCCUGUGGUGGAGCAUACACAGGAUACUCUGGGGUCGAGGUGAGAGGUGAUGUGGUAUUCAGUGCCCGUCAGCCAACUGUGGGCCUUCACCUCUACCUGCACUUCCCCUCUCACACCAGCUGCACUCCCCUGGCUGCCAGAGCAGGGUGGUUUUCCCCAAUACCUGGCAGCUCAGAAAGGCAGAGCCAUCUGGCCGUCCAGGGUGUCCCCAGCCAUCAGGAGACUUGAGUUGGUAUUUGGACCUGAGCCCGCACAUUCCACUCCCAUUCUCCCUCCAAGAGGGGCCCAGCAUUGUAUUUCCCUGUGACCCCUUACUCUCCUGGCCAGAACUUGAGCCAGCUGUGGGACAUUGCUGCAGGACAGUAAGCCCUCACCUGGGCAAACAUGAAGCUCUGGCCUCCUUUCCUCAGCCCCUUGUUCUUCCCUGUCCUCCACCCUGGACCCCAGCCGGCUGCUGGAGCCCAGAGGCCACCUUCUCCCUGCAUCCUGAAUGAUGCUUAGUCAGAAGCCUGUGUUGGAACAUCCCUCGUUUACAGGGCGCUGGCCUACCUCCUGAGGACCUUGGCCACAGAUGAGAUCACACGCAUGCACGCGCACACAUGUACACACACCUACCUGCACAGCACGCUGUUGAGUGUUGGUUGCCAGAGUAUCCGGCUGGCUGCUGUGUGCCUGGUUUCCUCACAUCCUGCCUCAGCUUCACCACCCUGGCUUAUGUGGAACACCUAUCAGGGAGCAGAAAAGGGGUGCAGUACACUAAGUGAACCCAGAUUCUGGAUUCUUGGUGUCCACAGCCUAGCUGAUACGAGAUGGCCCAUAGGACACCUGGUUUAGGUAGAAGGAGCCUCCUCAAAGGCAGUGCUGGGCACCCACGGGUGUGCUGGAUACUGGAGUUUGAGAGGAGGGAGGUGCUGGGGCCAAAGGAGACACUAGAAAAAUGGUAGAUGGGACAGGUAAGUGGCAGAGGUGAGGGGAUAAGUUAGAAUGUAAAAGGGCAGUAAUUAGGGGUGAGGGAAAGGAGAUAGGGGACCCUAGGAGGUACAGUGGGACCAUGUCGUGAGGCAGUUGAAGAGUUGAGGAAAGGUUUUUCUGGGCCCUACUGCUCCCCUCUGCUGCAGGUAAGUCAGAGCAGCUUUACCACAGCUUCAGGCCACGAGAGCCCCUUCACCCGCCCUGCUGCGCCAUAGGCAGAGGCUUAUAAAGAAAUGGGUUCCGGGCCAGGUGUGGUGGCUCAAGCCUGUAAUCCCAGCACUUUGGGAGGCCAAGGCGGGUGGAUCACGAGGUCAGGUGAUCGAGAUCAGCCUGGCCAACAUGGUGAAACCCUGUCUCUACUAAAAAUAAAAAAAUUAGCUGGGCGUGGUGGUGGGCGCCUGUAAUCCCAGCUACUCGGGAGGUUUAGGCAGGAGAAUCGCUUGAACCCUGGAGGUGGAGGUGGAGGUUGCAGUGAGCCCAGAUCGCGCCAUUGCACUCCAACCUAGGUGACAAAGCUACACGCCAUCUCAAAAAAAAAAAAAAAAAAAAAAGAAAAAAGAAAAAGGGUUACAAAAGGUUCCCAGCUCCGGGGCAUCAGCGUGAGUGCGCUUGAGCUGCUCCAAACCUGGCCCUUCCCCACUCCUCUAGCAUCGCCACCCGCAUGGCCCUGGAACUCCCGCGGCGGCGGGGGCGGGCCCGUGCCUGCUGUGUCCCCACUUCCCACACCAGCCGCGCCCACCGCAGGUGGGACUCAGGUUCGCCCUCUGGGCCAGGUCCUUCACGAGGAGGCAGCUACCCUUCGCCAGAAGUUUGUGAGAAUGUGGCCGCCCUUUUCCUGCCCUCUGCCCCAUGUGGGUGGGGGGCCUCGUGGCCCGGCCGGCGCCCCGUCCCCUUCUGCAUGUCUGAGGCCACCGGCAACCGCCGCCCCACUCCAGAUUUGCCCCCGCCCUGUUUUGAAAGCCCCUUAUUUAUAACUUUUAUACUUUGUGCAGGUCGCGGCGCUUCCCGCCUCAUCCUCGGCUGCAUGGGGCGGGGGGGCUGUUUUUAACGUGCCCGUUUGUACUGAUGUAUGAACUUGUCAAUAAACACAAUUGUUUGUUAA